AUGAGAGAAAACCGACUAUUGGUUUUCACUUUAGCUGCAGUUGGUACCGGAUUCAUUUGUGGUCUUCUUUUGAGACAGUUUAAUUUUUCUGACGAUGUCAGGAAUUUAAUUGGAUUCCCAGGAGAAAUAUUCAUGCAAGUUCUCAAAUUGAUGAUUCUGCCCCUGAUUUUUUCUUCAUUAAUUUCCUCUCUCGGCCAGAUGGAUGGUUCAAAAUCAGGAAAAAUGAGUUGCAUAGCAAUUGCAUAUUAUUUGACAACCGCAAUAAUUGCGAGCUGUAUUGCCGUCACAAUAGUUUUCUUGUUUCAUCCGGGAAAUCCUGAAAUUAAAAAAGGGAAUCUCAACGAAGCCAUUGUCGAAGGAGACAGUAGUUUAUCUGCUCUAGACUCUCUUUUGGAUUUACUGAGAAACAUGUUCCCACAAAACAUCGUCGAAGCAACGAUGUAUAGAUCUCAAACGGCUUUGGUGGUCGUACGGAAGAAAAUUGUCAAAAAUGGAACUAUUGAUGAGCCAGUUCUGUUGAAGAAAACUAUCAAGCUAACUCAAGGAACCAAUAUUCUCGGAUUGAUUGUGUUUUGCACUGGAUUUGGUAUAAUAAUUUCCAAACUAGGUGGUAAAGUACAAGUGAUUGUUGAAUUCUUUAUCGUUCUCGAUAAAGUUGUCAUGAAAUUUAUCACGGUUCUCAUGUGGUUUUCUCCAUUCGGAAUUGUCAGUUUGAUUGCUUCCAGUAUUCUGGAUAUUGACGAUAUGUAUAAAAUGAUGACGGCCAUGGCUUUAUAUUUGUUCACUGUCCUGACAUGUCUAUUUCUACACUGUGUCGUUGCUAUUCCAUCUCUUUAUCACCUCUUGACAAAAAAGAAUCCAAUCAAUGUGGCAAAAGGCAUGGCUCAACCAUUUGUCACUGCUAUUGGAACUGCUUCCAGUGGAGCAUCGUUACCCCAAGCGAUUAGCUGUGUAGAAGAAAAUCUGAAAGUGGAUUCAAGGAUAGCUGGAUUCAUUAUGCCUCUUGGGAACACUAUAAAUAUGGAUGGGACUGCUCUUUAUGAAGCAGUUGCCGUUAUUUUCAUUGCUCAGCUAAAUAGCGUAUCUCUAUCUUUUGCUCAAGUUAUCACAAUCUGCGUUACUGCAACAUUUUCCUCGAUUGGAUUGAAUGCCGUUCCAGCAGGUCUCGUCUCGAUGUUUUUAAUUUUGUCGACAGUCAAUCUUCCCGUUUCGGAUAUCUCACUUCUUUUCACUGUGGACUGGCUGAUUGACCGUAUUCGUACUGCUCUGAAUGUGUUGGGUGAUUCGUACUGCGCGUGUGUUAUCCAGCAUUUUAUGCAGAAAGAUCUCGAAAAAGAAAGCCAUUCUCUUUUGGAGGAUAUAAAAAUCGAAGAAGGAACUUUAGAAAAUGUGAAUCGACCCAAUAACUCAACCGAAAGAAUGGAAAAGAAGGUAUCAUUUGUGGAUUAUCAUCAUAUUCCAUCUCCAACAGCACCACGAGAAUUCAAUUCCACAAAAACUUACUCAUUGAAAUCUGCUAUGAUUGGACCUUUAAGAGCACAUGUUGUUCUUCAAACUCGUUUAUCUCAUUUGUCUGAAGAAUAA